UUAUCAGGUUCGGAAGAUUUUCCGGUGCUUCACGAAUUUUGCAGUGAUUUUUUGCUAAAAUUUAAAUUUGCUAGUGUUUUCGACCAAGAAGUUGAUUUCUAGUGUAAUUUAAAGUUAAAAAAUUUAAACCUAAUCUAGCUAAAUGCGUACUUCUAGUGUUAUUACUAGCUUUUUAGUAUGACCAAUGAACCUUCCACCUCGCACCAAUCAGCCAACGAAGACGACGUCGAUAUCAACGAUGUCUUCGACAACCUGCUGCUAGCGGAGGAACAUCUCGCGGAGGCCGGCUACCAGCGCGGGUUGGCACAGGGCGUUCGCGAGGGGAACGUGGACGCGUACCACUUUGGGUACCAUCGGGGAGCGGAGGUCGGAGCGGAGUUGGGUUUUUACUACGGGGUCAUUUGCGGGCAGGAGAGUGCGUCUAAGGAAGGUGGUUCUUCAAAGGGGAAAAGCUUGCUGAAGGAGUUGAAGCGGGAGAUUGAGGAGUUUCCGAAGUUCAACGACUUGGAGGCGGACAUUGUGGAGGGGCUGGUGAAGUUGAGGGCUAAGUACAAGAAGCUGUGUGCGCUGCUGAAGAUCUCCGCCAAGUACGCGAGGCCGAAUGAGCUUUCGUUUUAGGGUGGU